AUGGCUCAUGAAAAUUUCACCCGAGUCACUGAAUUUAUUCUCACAGGAGUCUCAGAACGCCCAGAUCUUCAGAUCCCUCUCUUCUUUGUCUUCCUGGUCAUCUAUGGACUGACCGUGACAGGGAACCUAAGCAUCAUCACCCUCACCAGCGUGGACUCUCACCUUCAGACCCCCAUGUAUUUCUUCCUCCGGCACUUGGCCAUCAUCAAUCUUGGCAAUUCAACUGUCAUUGCUCCUAAAAUGCUGGUCAAUUUCUUAGUAAAGAAACACACCACCUCCUUCUAUGAAUGUGCCACCCAACUAGGCAUGUUCUUGGUUUUCAUUGUAGCUGAAAUUUUCGUGUUAGCCGUGAUGGCCUAUGACCGCUAUGUGGCCAUUUGUCACCCCCUGCUCUACAUGGCAGUGGUGUCUCGGAGGACCUGCUUUCUGCUAGUUUCCCUCACAUACCUCUAUAGCCUUUCCACAGCUAUUGUGGCUUCAUCUUCUGUAUUCUCUAUGUCUUAUUGCUCUUCCAAUGUAAUCAAUCAUUUUUACUGUGAUAUUGUCCCUCUGAUAGCAUUGUCUUGCUCUGGUACUUCCUUUCCGGAAACAGUAGUAUUUGUAUCUGCAACUACAAAUUUGGUGUUUUCCAUAAUUACCGUUGUAGCAUCUUAUUUCAACAUUGUUCUGUCCAUUCUAAGGAUACGUUCAUCAGAAGGAAGAAAAAGAGCCUUCUCCACAUGUGCCUCACAUAUUACAGCAGUGUCAGUCUUCUACGGAACUCUGCUUUUCAUGUAUUUGCAGCCUCAGACUAACCAUUCUAUGGGUGUUGAUAAAAUGGCUUCAGUGUUUUAUACACUGGUGAUUCCCAUGCUGAACCCCAUGAUCUACAGCCUGAGGAACAAGGACGUGAAGGCUGCCUUGAAGAGAUUUCUGACAAAUUCAUGCGGUUCUUUUAAACUGAUGUAA